AUGUUACAUUGGUUAAAGCAGCUACAGAUCGCUUUUGGAGCCUCAUUUCUAUGGCUGGCUUGCUUCAUUUACUUCACCCAGGGUUUCAGGUCGUUCGUAUGGACUGCUGUCUCAUACCAGCUAAAAGACAAUCUAAAGUUAUCACCCUCAGCUUCUCAAUUUGUGACCUCGAUAGCAUUUUUCCCAUGGAGUAUUAAACCAUUAUAUGGAAUUUUAUCUGAUUGCAUACCAAUUCGAGGAAGAAAAAGGAUACCUUACUUAGUACUAGCUUCACUGCUUUCUCUUUUCCCAUGGCUCAUUUUAAGCCUGAGCAUAUCCUUACGGAGUUCGAGUGUGCCCCUCAUGAUUCUUCUAACAGUGCAAAAUCUGGGCUCUGCAAUGGCUGAUGUUGUAAUUGAUGCCAUGAUAGCCGAGGCAGUGAAGUCUGAACGGGCCUCAUUUGCUGGCGAUCUUCAGUCCAUAUCUUGGAUGACAAUGGCUUUGGGAGGAAUCUGUGGGAGUUUGCUUGGAGGAUAUGCCCUAACUAAUUUACAGAUAAAAAUUAUAUUUUUACUUUUUUCAGCUUUACCGACCAUCCAGCUAUUUUCGUGUUGUUUAGUGGAGGAGAGUUCUGUAAUCAGUAAAGAGUUUCCCGAACGUUCUACUUCAAAUGGAGGCUCCCACUCAAUGAAUGAUAGUUCUUUUCACAAAGAAAAUAUUUCUGCUGGGAAGUCCAAAACCAGUGUUUCGAAGCGAAAGAAGAGCCAGAAAAAUACCAAAAAAGGACGAGUUACCAUGAGUAAAUCCCAGGCAUCUAAAAAAGAUGGAUCCUUGGCAACACGAUGGUUUCAUUCUCUGAAAAUUGCCACGUUUACAUUGUUUAGGGCUUUUCGGCAGCCAAUCAUUUUAAGACCAAUGGCUUGGUUUUUCCUAGCACAUGUGACUUUUCCAAAUCUAUCAACGGUUAUGUUUUAUUACCAGACAGAAAUUUUGAAACUGGAAGCAUCCUUCUUGGGCACAACACGGGUUAUUGGGUGGUUAAGCCUCAUGGUUGGAACUUUUAUUUAUAACCGGUUCUUGCAGAAGAUGAAAUUGAGAAGGAUUCUCUUGUGCACUCAUAUUGGGUUGUCUAUUUUGAUUCUUCUGGACGGAGUUUUGGUGUCUAGAUCAAAUAUUUCAUUAGGCAUAUCAGACAAGGUCAUGGUGCUUUUUGGUUCAGCUCUUGCAGACGGCGUCAAUCAAUUUAAGUUCAUGCCUUUCCUCAUCUUAUCAGGACAGCUUUGCCCAUCUGGGAUUGAAGGAACUUUAUUUGCACUCUUUAUGUCUAUAAACAACUUAGGAUCAACCAUCGGAUCGUUUGUAGGUGCGGCACUGGCUUCAAGUCUGAAUAUCUCUUCGGGUUCUUUCGACAACCUUCUCUUAGGAAUCAUUAUUCAGUUUUUCUCCGUCUUCAUCCCAGUCUGUUUCCUAUUUCUGAUACCAAAGGAAGCUACAGGAAUAUCAGCAUAG